AUGGAAGAAAAAAUGGAAAAAAAAAUUUUAUCAGAACGAGUGAAAAAUCUCGAAAAUUUAUUAGAAUCCAAAGAAAAUUAUGAUAUGAUAAUUUAUUCAGGGGAGGAAUUAAAUAUUCAAGAAAUACACGUUCAUUCUAUAAUUCUUUGUUGUCAUUCAAAUUAUUUUCGAACCGCUUUUUCAAAUAAUUUGGUGAAAAAAGAGAAUGAAAAAUAUUUUUUAAAGAUACCUAACGUUACAUUAGAAAAUUUAAACAAGAUUAUCAGAUUUUUAUAUUGUGGACAAAUUGAUUUAACUACAGAAAAUGGAACCGAUAUUAUAAAAUUAUUAAUAUCCGUAAAAGAAUUAGAAUUACAAACUUUAUCAGAUUAUAUUCAAGAAUAUUUAAAUAAUAAUCAAAAAGAAUUUGUUCAAAAUAAUUUAAUAGAAUUAUUUGAACUUUGUAAUAAUAAUGAUGAUGAAUCAUUUGAAAUUUUACAAAAAUCUUGUUUAAAAAUAAUUUGUAAAAAUCCAAACCUUUUAUUUGAAAAAGAAUUUUUCUUAACAUUAUCAUCAAAAAUUCUUUUGAUUAUUUUAAAUCAAAAAAAUAUUUUAUUGGAUGAAAUUGAAAUUUGGAAUAAUUUAAUCAAAUGGGCAUAUGCACAAAAUCCUAAUAUUGAUUCUGAUCUUAGUAAAUGGACUCAACAAGAUAUUAAGAUGAUGAAAAAUACUUUACAUGAUUUGAUACCAUUGAUUAGAUUUCAAGAUAUUGGUUCUGAAGAAUUUUAUGAUAAGAUCUAUCCUUAUGAAAAUAUAUUACCGGAUGAUUAUAAAAAUAAAAUAAUGCAAUAUUAUUUAUUAUCAAAAGAAACAAAUGAAGAUUUCUUUUUACCAUCAAGAUUGACAACUAGUACUAUUAUUAAUGAUGAACAUUUUUCUAUUUUUUCUAAUUGGAUUGAAAAGAAAAAUGAUUCAUAUUAUACUGCAAUCAAUAAUCCUUAUGAAUUUGAAUUAAUUUAUCGUGCUAGUAAAUAUGGAAAUGCUCCCUCAAUAUUUCAUGAAAAAUGUGAUAAUAAGAGUAAUAUGAUUGUUGUAGCAAAACUUGUAGAUUCUAAUAAAAUAGUUGGAGGUUAUAAUCCUCUUUCUUGGGAAAAUUGUGAAAAAUUUCAAUCAACAAAAGAUAGUUUUAUAUUCUCAUUUACUGAUAUGAAUGAUCUUCAAAGUGGAAAAGUAGGUUAUAGUAAAUUUAAAAAUCAUUCAAUAUAUAGUGAACCAGGUUAUGGUCCAGCAUUUGGUGGCGGUUGUGAUUUAAUUUGUUUAAAUGAUGGUAAAUGGAUGAGUCUUUCAUAUACUUAUCCUGAUAUUAAUAUACCAAAAAAUUUUAAUGUAGAAGAUUAUGAAGUUUUUCAUGUUGUUAAAGAAUAUUAG